AGGCCGAGUAGUUCCGAUUGUAUUUUCAGGUUACUAAAUCGAAACCGGAUUUAGAUUCGACAGAGUCAUUUCUUUUUUCAAACAAGAGACGAAGAGUGGUACACUGAUCUAUUAAAGAUGUCGGACUUGCUUAGUUUUGACAAUCCUGUAUUUGCUAACUUUGCCUUUUAUUCCGGUAUUGUGAUAUGUAAAACAAUGUUGAUGAGUGGACUUACAGCUAUAAAUAGAUUUAGAUACACGGCAUUUGUAAAUCCAGAAGAUUUUAUUAAUUCCAAGAAACCAUUAGAAGAAAGAAAAGCGCCACCUAAUUCCACUGUUGAGCGCAUUAGAAGAUGCCAUCUUAAUGACCUGGAGAACGUCAUUCCCUUCGUCUUGAUUGGAUUAUUAUACGUGUGCACAAAACCAGAUCCCGGAACAGCUUUAAUUCAUUUCCGUACUUUCACAGCAUUUAGAGUUUUCCACAUGUUUGCGUACCUGAUACCUUUGCCACAGCCAUCAAGAGCACUAGGGUUUUUAGUUGGCGCUAUUGCCACAGGGUCCAUGGCUGUAUCUGUACUGAAAGCUGGAUCAUAUUAAUUUUUUUCGUGUAGAAUCACUAUUCUCAGAAUUAUACAUUUUUAAUACACGGGCUUUGUGAUGGCAGCAUUACGUGAGGCUACACAAGUCCUUUAUACGUCCAUUUGUUUGCCUUGAAUAAUUGGAAGGUGGUUUAGAAUAAUUGAAUAAAAUUUAUCAGAACAUACCAUUUAAACGUU